AUGUCGUCUAACGAAGAACCCCAAGAACAGCACCCUGACGACGAUCGUACUCUUGGUACCACGAACACUCGCGAGCUAACAAACAAACAAGCCAUGAACUCUCGACCAAAAGAAACCGCUCCAAAUGAACAAGAUGCUGUUCUUGGCGGCAGCAACAAUAACAACAACACGGUGACGAAUUACGAUGAUGAUGCCCACUAUCUUGAGCCAAGAGGUUUGAACGAGAUUCCCAAGGUUUUAAAUGUACUGCACAUUGUCGGAGCCUUGGUUCAGACUGCAGAGGCCAUCUUUUUGUUUGCCUUUGCGUCCAAUAUCAAUUUGAAAUGGUUGCUGUACACCAACUACCCCGUUGCCGUCGACAACGCGCUGGCAUCUCAAAUCGGGGGAGAAGGGACCGACAAUGUCUACUUUGCUCGACCGGAGAGCAAGUAUUUGACAAGCUUUAGCGUUCCUUGGGUCACGGGAGCAAUCGUGCUGCUCAGUGCCAUUGAUCACAUUUUCGCCAUUAUGCCAGGAGGUCGCCAACUCUAUGAGCACCACUUGGCACGCAACAAGGCAUCCUUCCGUUGGUUGGAAUACGCCGUGUCUUGUUCUUUGAUGAACAUGCACAUCUCUCAGCUGGUCGGUGUCACGGAUGUCCACAUCAUUAUUUUGGUCUUUGUCUUGUCGAUUUCCAUCCAGUACCCAGCGUACAUUCAUGAAGUGGUGAAUGCCAGGGCAAGAGAAGAAGGAUUUGCUCAAUACUGGUCUCCCUUUAUCUUUGGAUGCAUUCCAUGGGUAGCCGUAUGGGGUGUGAUCUUCUCAUACUACCAUCAGUCGAUUGCAACUGUUGGAGAAGACCCACCAUCCUUUGUUCUUCCAACCAUCGUUGCCGUCUUUGUAUUGGAGGGUCUCUUCCCCAUUUUGUUUGUUCUUCAAUGGCUCAAGGUUGGUAUCUUCAAGAACUAUGUAGUUGGAGAAUAUGGUUACAUGAUCUUGGGACUGAUCGCAAAGUCGUCGUUGGCAUGGAUCACAUUGAUCGGAGCGGAGAAGUACGCUGAGAGUUUCCAAUAUGAGGAUGAGGACAUGACUGACGUCUUCUUCUCCGAGCCGUGA